AUGAACUUCCUCCCCGUGGAUUUUUUAUUCCUCUUCUCCUGCUGGCAGAUUGCUACGCCGGUGUGCGGCUACGCGGUUCACCUCGCAGAGGACGCCCAGCCGAGGUCGGUGUUGGUCGGCGUGGAGCAGCGCGCGCGGUGCGCCUUGGCUCAGGUGCUCGCGCCCGGACCCGCCACGCGCUUCCUCGACACGGACCUCGCCGCGGGAACAGUGUUCCUGUCACGCCGGGUACAGUGCGACUCUCUGCGCGCGAACCCCUUCACACUCUACACCGUGUCGGACUGCGUGGACUCCGCGGUGUCCGGCUACCGGCACAUCGUCACCAGCCGCUAUGACGUGCACAUCCACGGGAGAAACUGCUCCAAAAAGCGCGUACGGAAAGCAGAAUGGGACAUGGAGGUGCUGAGUUUGUUGAGUCCACGCAGCAAAAAGCCAGCAUUGUGUCACAAAGCAGGAUUUGCUUUAUUUCCAGUAGGGAGGCUACUACCUGGAAAUCCCACCCGCUGCAGAGUCACUAGUGGAGGUCACUUCUACUUCUCAGAGGGGGACUUGUUUGUGUCUGGGACUCUGUGCUGGACGCCGGACACCCUCUUGGAGCUGGACCUGCUCUGCGACGUCCUGGUAGAAGGUGGCUCCAGAGUGAACCCCGUCUUCGUCCACUGGCGUGUUGGACGGGGUCCUUUUACUCCAAGACACGUCAACAAGCUGUUAAAAAAGGCAGCUCUGUCCAAGUCUGGAAUGGUGGGCAGAAGCAGGAGAAGCAUCAACAGCAGCCCCCAGUUCCAAACCCCAAUGUACCAGGUGUCUGUGGCGGAGAACAAGCCGUCCGGGACAUCCGUUGUUGCUUUGAGAGCGGUGGACAUGGACGAAGGCGAGGCGGGAAGGCUGGAGUAUUUCAUCGAGGCUCUCUUCGACAGCCGCUCGAACAACCUUUUUGUAGUGGAUCCAGCCAGUGGCAUCGUGUCCACGGUGGAGGUGCUGGACCGUGAGACCAAAGAAACUCACGUGUUCCGCGUGACGGCGGUGGACAACGGCAUGCCUCGUCGCACAGCCAUGGCGACCCUCACCGUCACGGUCGGCGACACCAACGACCACGACCCAGUGUUCGAGCAGCAGGACUAUAAGGAGCGCAUUCGGGAGAAUUUAGAGAUCAGCUACGAGGUCUUAACAGUGAGGGCCACAGAUGGCGACGCACCGGUUAACGGUAACAUCCUGUACCACAUCCUGAACAGCAACGGCUCCAAUGACGUGUUCGAGAUUGAUUCAAGGUCUGGCGUCAUUCGCACUAAAGGACUCGUAGACAGGGAGGCUGUGGAGGCGUAUACGUUGUUAGUCGAGGCAAACGACCAAGGUCGAGACCCUGGGCCUCGUAGCGCCACAGCGACGGUUUACAUUGUGGUAGAGGAUGACAACGAUAAUGCUCCGCAGUUCAGCGAGAAGCGUUACGUGGUCCAAGUACUGGAAAAUAUGGUACCUAAUACUGAGAUCCUGCAGGUGACCGCCACAGACCAGGAUAGGGGGAGCAACGCCAUGGUCCACUUCAGCAUCAUGAGUGGCAACUCCAGGGGGCAGUUCUACAUAGACGCCCAGUCGGGUAAAAUGGACCUGGUGAGUCACUUGGAUUACGAGACAAACAAAGAAUACACCCUAAGAAUCCGAGCUCAGGACGGUGGGCGCCCCCCUCUGUCCAACAUCAGCGGCCUGGUGACGGUGCAGGUGCUGGAUGUUAACGACAACGCCCCCAUUUUUGUCAGUACCCCCUUCCAAGCUACUGUGUUAGAGAAUGUGCCGCUAGGCUAUUCUAUCAUCCACAUCCAAGCCGUGGAUGCAGACUCUGGGGACAACUCCAGAUUGGAUUAUCGUCUCACUGAAACCAUGCCUAACUUCCCCUUCAGCAUCAACAACAGCACAGGUUGGAUUGUCGUGGCCGCCGAGUUGGACAGGGAGAGUGUGGACUUUUACAACUUUGGAGUGGAGGCCCGAGACCACGGUUACCCUGCCAUGUCCUCCUCAGCGAGCAUUAGCAUGACCAUUCUCGACAUCAACGACAACAACCCCGAGUUCAUCCAGAAGGCGUAUUACAUGCGAAUGAACGAGGAUGCUGCCGUGGGGACAAGCGUAGUAACUGUGUCCGCUGUGGACCAGGACAUCAACAGCGUGGUGACCUAUCAGAUAUCCAGCGGAAACACUCGCAACAGGUUCUCUAUCACGAGUCAGAGCGGAGGGGGGCUCAUCACGCUGGCGCUACCUUUGGACUACAAACUAGAACGCCAGUAUGUCUUGACCGUGAUGGCGAGUGACGGGACGCUCUUUGAUACCGCAAAGGUUUUUGUCAAUAUCACAGACGCCAACACACAUCGGCCUGUGUUCCAGAGCUCACACUACACGGUGAACAUCAACGAGGAUCGGCCUAUGGGGACCGUUGUCGUCAUCAUAAGCGCAACAGAUGAAGACACGGGUGAGAACGCCCGCAUCACCUACUUCAUGGACGAUAGCAUCCCCCAGUUCGACAUUGGUCCUGACACAGGCGCCGUCACCACGCAGAUGGAGCUGGACUACGAGGACCAGGUGUCCUACACGCUGGCCAUCACUGCCCGCGACAACGGCAUCCCGCAGAAGUCGGACACCACGUACCUGGAGAUACUAGUCAAUGAUAUCAACGACAAUUCGCCGCGCUUCGUCAGGGACUAUUAUGUGGGCUCGGUGAUGGAGGACGUACCUGUGUUCACCAGCGUGGUCCAGGUGUCCGCUACUGAUCGAGACUCUGGCCUCAAUGGUAGGGUCUUCUACACCUUCCAAGGCGGAGAGGACGGCGAUGGAGACUUCAUAAUAGAAUCCACGUCUGGUAUUGUGCGAACGCUGCGCAGGCUAGACCGAGAGAACGUGCCCGUUUACAGCCUGCAGGCUUUGGCUGUGGAUAAAGGUGUUCCCACUUUGAAGACUCCCAUCAACAUCCAAGUGACCAUUCUGGACGUGAACGACAAUCCUCCAGUGUUUGAGAAGGAUGACUUUGACAUUAUGGUGGAAGAAAACAGCCCCAUUGGUGUGGUGGUAGCGCUUAUUUCUGCCACAGACCCGGACGAAGGCAGCAAUGCACAGAUCAUGUACCAAAUCGUGGAGGGAAACAUCCCUGAAAUGUUCCAGCUGGAUAUAUUUUCCGGUGAACUGACGUCACUCAUAGACCUGGACUACGAGAGCAGGUCUGAGUACGUCAUAGUGGUCCAAGCCACCUCCGCCCCUCUGGUGAGCAGGGCCACAGUUCACAUCAAACUGGUGGAUAAGAACGACAACAUGCCCCUUCUCAAGAACUUCCAGAUCAUCUUCAACAACUAUGUGACCGACGAAUCCAGCAGCUUCCCGGCGGGAGUGAUCGGUCGCAUCCCUGCGCACGACCCGGACGUCUCGGACCAGCUGCACUACAGCUUCGAGGUGGGCAACGAGCUGAAUCUGGUGCUCCUCAACAAAAUGACGGGGGAGAUCCAGCUGAGCCAGGCUCUGGACAACAACCGGCCGCUGGAGGCGUCUAUGAGGGUCUCAGUGUCAGAUGGCGUCCACUCGGUGUCUGCCAAGUGCCUCCUCCAGGUCACCAUCAUCACAGACGAGAUGUUAUCCAACAGCAUCACGCUGAGGCUGGCCAACACCUCCCAGGAGCACUUCCUCUCUCUGCUGCUCACCCAGUUCCUGGACGGCGUGGCCCGCGUUCUCUCGGCGGCGCCCCAAGACGUCGUCAUCUUCAACAUCCAGGACGACACGGACGUCAACGCCCGCAUCCUCAACGUCAGCCUCUCUGUGGUUGUUGCGGGCGACAGCCCCCGGGGACCCUUGGGCCAGGGCGAUCAGGGAGAGGAAGGUGCCGGGAGAGAGGCAGAAGGCGGCGGAGCAGAGUUUUUUGGCUCCGAGGAGCUCCAGGAGAGACUCUACCUCAACCGCAGCCUGCUGGCUCAGAUCUCCUCCCAGGAAGUCCUUCCGUUCGACGACAACAUCUGCCUCCGCGAGCCCUGCGAGAACUACAUGAAGUGCGUGUCCGUGCUGAAGUUCGACAGUUUGGCGCCCUUCGUGGCGUCCGACACCAUCUUGUUCAGGCCCAUCCACCCCAUCGCCGGCUUGCGCUGCCGCUGUCCCGCCGGCUUCACGGGGGAUUACUGCGAGACCGAGAUCGACCUAUGCUACUCCAAACCCUGCGGAGCUCAUGGCGUGUGUCGCAGCAGAGAGGGGGGCUUCACCUGCGAGUGCAUGGAGGACUACACAGGUGAGCGCUGUGAGCUGUCGUCCCGCUCGGGCCGCUGCGCUCCAGGAGUCUGCAAGAACGGCGGCAUGUGCGUGAACCUCCUGGUCGGCGGCUUCAAGUGUGAGUGUCCAUCGGGCGGCUACGAGCGGCCGUACUGCGAGAUGACCACGCAAAACUUUCCCCCGCACUCCUUCCUUACCUUCAAGGGCCUUCGCCAACGCUUCCACUUCACUGUCUCACUCACAUUUGCCACCAAAGAGCCCAACGGUUUGUUGCUGUACAACGGACGCUUUAAUGAGAAACACGACUUUAUCGCCAUGGAAAUCAUCAGUGAGCAGAUUCAGGUCACCUACUCUGCAGGAGAAACCAAGACCACUGUAUCGCCUUUCAUUGUGGGCGGAGUCAGCGACGGCCAGUGGCAUGUGGUGGAGGUCCACUACUACAACAAGCCUGUCCUAAACCAGGCCGGUCUGCCUCAGGGUCCAUCAGACCAGAAGGUCCUGGUGGUGACGGUGGAUAACUGCGACCAUCCUGUGGCGCUGAGGUUCGGUCAUGUGAUCGGAAACUACACUUGCUCUGCGCAGGGAAGCCAAUCUGGAAGCAAGAAAUCAUUGGACCUGACCGGCCCGCUGCUGCUCGGAGGUGUCCCCAAGCUCCCAGAGGACUUUCCUGUCCGCAACCACCAGUUUGUGGGCUGCAUGAAGAACCUGCGCGUGGACAACCAGCGCGUAGACAUGGCCGGCUUCAUCGCUAACAACGGCACCUUGCCUGGAUGCUCCGCUAAGAGACACUUCUGCAACAACAACCCGUGUCUGAAUGGAGGCGUCUGCGUCAACAUGUGGGGAUCCUUCAGCUGCGACUGCCCGCUCGGCUUCGGAGGAAGAAACUGUGAAAGAGGUAUGGCCAACCCGCAACGCUUCCUGGGCGACAGCCUGUUGCAGUGGAACAACCUGGCGACGGCGGCUUCCGUCCCCUGGCAUGUGGAGCUCAUGUUGCGUACGCGGCAGGCAGGCGCCAUGCUGCUGCACAUCGCCUCCGGCCUGCAGCACAACCUCACGCUGCAGCUACGCGGCGGGAGUGUGUUGAUGGGCCUCCACAGGGGGGAAGACUCCACUCUAUCCCGCGUGGAGGAGAUGCUGGUGAACGAUGGCGACUGGCAUCAUCUGCAGUUGGAUAUCAGCAGUGUGGGCAGGCCAGCCGGCCAACAUAAGGCGGUUCUAUCCGUCGACCACGGCCUCUACCUGGCCAGUAUGCAAGUGGAUGGAGAGCUGCAGGAGUCCAUGCUGAAGGCGGUCAGCGUUGGAGGUUUAGCGGCGCCUGAUGGGAAAAUCCAGCAUGGCUUCCGAGGCUGUAUACAAGGUCUUCGUGUCGGGGGUGCUCUGAGUCUGUCUCUGGCCAGGAAGGUGAACGUGGAGGCAGGCUGCAACGUGCCCGACCCAUGCGGCUCGGGCCCAUGUCCUUCCAACAGCUACUGCAGCGACAACUGGGACAGCUACUCCUGCACGUGUCACUCUGGUUAUUACGGCACCAACUGCACUGACGCGUGCACGCUCAACCUCUGCGAGCACGAGUCUUCGUGCACCAGGAAGACCACUUCCUCCCGCGGUUACGCAUGUGAUUGUCCACACAACUACUUUGGCCGUUACUGCGAGAAAAAGACCGACCUGCCGUGUCCCCGGGGUUGGUGGGGUCACAAAACGUGCGGCCCCUGUAACUGUCCCACUGAGCGCGGCUUUGACUCCGACUGCAACAAGACCAGUGGAGAGUGUCGCUGUAAGGACAAUCACUACCGUCCUGAAGACGGCGACACAUGUCUGCUGUGCGACUGCUACCCGGUGGGCUCCUUCUCCCGAACAUGUGACCGUGACAGUGGGCAGUGUCAGUGUAAGGCAGGGGUGAUCGGGCGCCAGUGUGACCGCUGCGACAACCCCUUCGCCGAGGUUUCCUCUAACGGCUGCGAAGUCAUUUAUGACAGCUGCCCCCAGGCCAUAGAGGCGGGAAUCUGGUGGCCCAGGACCAAGUUUGGUCUCCCUGCUGCAGUCCCUUGCCCCAAGGGCACUCUGGGCACAGCCAUUCGCCAUUGUGACGAGCACAAGGGAUGGCUGCCUCCUAACCUCUUCAACUGCACCUCGGUCACCUUCAGCCAACUCAAAGCGCUGUUGGAAAGGUUUUCCCAGAAUGCAUCACUGCUGGACUCAGGACACAUCCAGCACACGGCGACCAUGUUGGCCAACGCCACCUUACACACGGAGAAAUACUAUGGCAGCGAUGUGAAAGUAGCAUAUGGCCUCACUCGGAGAAUUCUGCAGCACGAGAGCGAGCAGCAGGGAUUCAACCUCACGGCCACGCAGGACGUCCACUUCACUGAGAACCUGGUCCGUGUGGGCAGCGCAAUCCUGUCCGCAGACACGCGUGCACACUGGGAGCUGAUCCAGCACACGGAAGGCGGCACGGCGGCCCUUCUGCGCCAUUACGAGGAAUACGCCAGCACUCUGGCUCAGAACAUGAGGAAGACCUACCUCAGCCCCUUCACCAUCGUCACGCCAUACAUCGUCGUCUCUGUGGACCGUCUCAAAAAGAGGAAUUUCGCGGGGGCCAAGCUCCCGCGCUACCAGUCCUUGAGGGGCCCUCGCCCAAUGGACCUGGAGACCACCGUCACCCUGCCCGACUCUGUCUUCCAACCGGCCGUGGACACCAAAGGACACAGACACCUGGACGUUUUCCCAGAAUCCUCUCUGACGAACCGUUCCUCCGCCAACAGAAAGAGACGCCAUCAUCCCGAUGACGGCCAGCAGGACGCCGUCGCCAGCGUGAUAAUCUUCCACAGUCUGUCUACUCUGCUGCCUGAGAACUACGACCCCGACAAGCGCAGUCUUCGCGUACCAAAGCGUCCCGUCAUCAACACGCCUGUGGUGAGCAUCACCGUGCACGACAAUGACGAGCCGCUGCAGCACCCUCUGGACAAACCCAUCACGCUGCAGUUCCGGCUGGUCGCCACCGAGGAGCGCUCCAAACCCAUAUGCGUCUUCUGGAACCACACAAUACUAGCUGGAAAAGGCGGCUGGUCAGCGAAGGGCUGCGAGGUGGUCUUCAGGAACAACACUCACAUCAGCUGUCAGUGCUAUCACAUGACCAGCUUCGCCGUGCUCAUGGACAUCUCCAGGAGAGAGAAUGGCGAGAUCCUUCCCAUCAAAAUCCUGACGUGGAGCACCGUCGGAGUGACGCUGGGCUUCCUCUUCCUCACCGCCGUCUUCCUGCUGUGUCUGCGAGCCAUGCAGACCAACAAGACCGGCAUCAUGAACAACGGUGCCGUCGCCCUCCUCCUCGCCGAACUGGUCUUCAUCCUGGGGAUCAACCAGGCCGACAACCCGUUCUUGUGCACGGUCAUCGCCAUCCUGCUGCACUUCUUCUACCUGUGCACCUUCUCCUGGCUCUUCCUGGAGAGCCUGCACGUGUACCGAAUGAUCAGUGAAGUGCGGGACAUCAACUAUGGCCCCAUGAGGUUCUACUAUCUGAUUGGCUGGGGAGUGCCUGCCUUCAUUACUGGUCUGGCAGUAGGACUUGAUCCCGAAGGCUACGGCAACCCCGACUUCUGCUGGCUUUCCGUGUACGACACGCUCAUCUGGAGCUUUGCCGGACCCAUCGCCGCCAUCGUGAUGAUGAACAUCUUUCUCAACAUCCUGUCAUCCUGCUCAGUGAAACGCCACAGCUUAAACAAGAAGGAGCCUCGAGUGUCUGGUCUAAAGACAGCAGGGGGCGUCCUCUUCCUGAUUUCAGUCACGUGCUUCAUGGCUCUGCUGUCAGUCAACACUGACAUGAUCAUCUUCCACUACUUGUUUGCUGCUUUGAACUGUGUGCAGGGUCCUUUUAUCUUCUUGUUCCGCGUGGUCUUCAACAAAGAGGCCAGGAACGCCAUCAAGUACUGCUGUGGACACAAGCACCCUGAUCACAUGAUCAAGUCCAAGUCCUCUAGCUACAAGUGCAGCAGCAGCUACACGGACGCCAAGUUGUACCAUCUUCCUUUCGGGCAGUCCAGCGUGUCGCUGAACGGCACCAUGCAGAGCGCCAAGAGCCAGCACAGCUACGUGCCCUUCAUGUUGAGGGAGGACAGGAUGAGCAGCAGCCAAGCGCACAUCGCUCUCAACGACCACUCAUCGCUCUUCCAUGAAGACCCUCAGCACGGCCAUGACGACCACGACAGCGACUCUGACAGCGACUUGUCCUUGGAGGACGACCAGAGCGGCUCCUACGCCUCCACACACUCCUCUGACAGCGAGGGCGACGAGGGUCCCUUCUCUCCAGAGGAAUGCUGGGAAAACCUGGGGUCCAACGGCGUCAAGAGGCCGCAGACCCACGAUCUGACAGAAGCAGGACUCAACUUCCAUGUUGACCAAAGUGUCAGCAACACGUCAGAGCAGCGCGUGGAAGACGCCGAGGUCUCGACGCUGCUGCCUCACUUCAACACUCAUCCUCACAAAGGGAUCCUAAAAAAGAAGCAGCUUUCUCCCAUCAUCGAGAGGAACGGCCUCAACCGCAUCCACAACCAGCUCUGUGACGGCACUCACGACUCGUCGUCCCCUCACGACUCGCCGUCCCCUCAAGACUCGCCGUCCCCUCAAGACUCGCCGUCCCUUCAGGCCUCGCCGUCCCCUCAGGCCUCGUCCUGCAACGAGCAGCGAGGUAAAUGCGUCCCGCCUGAACAGCUGAACGGCGUCGCUAUGAGCAUCAAGGCGGGGAUGGUGGAUGGCGACUCGUCAGGAUCCGACAGCCACUGCAACACCUCAAUGUGAGCCUCCGCCCUUUUCGCCGGGAUUUCCUCUUUAAAGACUUUUUUAACGGAAUCCCUUAAUAUCGAAGGUGUGUGUGUGUGUGUGUGUGUGCGUGUGUGUGUGUGUGUGUGCCAAAUGUGCAGUCUCCCUUUAAAGACAUUGUUUCGUUACGUACUUGAAAUUUUUUUUAUUAAAAAAAUGCACUUUUUGUUCUAUUUGCUGUCCUAAUUUCAUUGAUUUGUGAUGUUUUUUUUGGGGUUUUUUUAGCGUGUUUGUGUUCCAGCGGUUCUAUUUUGUGGAACAAUUAAGUUGCAUUCAGGGAAGGUUAAGCUAAAACUCCUUUGUAACAUGUCUGGACUGCGCUCCGUGUGUGUGUGUGUGUGUGUGUGUGUGUGUGUGUGUGUGUGUGUGUGUGUGUGUGUGUGUGUGUGUGUGUGUGUGUGUGUGUGUGUGUGUGUCAGAACCAUCAAUCAAGUGAAGGUUAUUAUCAGUUUGUUUUAAUGUCUUAAUGAGAGCACAUUUUUUGGACUUGACGUGCUCAUCCUUUUUUUUGUUUUUGUUUUGAGAGACGAGAGGACACUUAUUUCCGUCCCUGAAUUAACAGCCGUGUUUUUAUAGAUUAGCUGUGCGGCGUUUGUAAAAUAAUAGCCAGGAUGAAUACUUUGUGUGUACUGUACAGCGUGGCCUGUAAAUAUGUAAACUUGUUUGUAGAGAUGAUCACUCUUUGAAUUUCAUCAAUUGUGUCAUAAAAAAUAUUUUGAAUUUGAA